CUAGGUGGUUGUUUUCGCUUCCGUAUCAGGGAUACAUGGAGAUUUUAAUCAAGUACAAGUGAACGGUGAUAUGUGUGCACGAAUCGAUGGGUCUGAAUCGUUUCUUUUUUAAACGUAGAGCGGACUAUCUGUCCCGGUGGAAUCGUUCGUGAGGCGUUCUUCGCGCUUUCCUUUUUGAGAAAGUGCUCGGAGUUUUGGAAAUAGAGGAGGAGGGUGAGCCUAACCGAGCCGGGCUUUACGGGUCUUGGGGGCAGCAUCAGUUUGUAAAGUUUGUAUCGGUUAUUUCCUGGACUCCGCAAUCUGUCAUCUGGCCCGGUUUGUUUACAUUUACUGGCCCGGACGUGUAUGCGCUUUAACAGCCCCUCACGGUUCGACACGCUCCAGCUCCUCUGGCUGGCGUUCAGAGACUCGCUCCUGUGAAUAUAAUGUUACCGAGCCAGGUCGGAUCGGCACCAUCUGGAAACGGGUCGGCAUCGGGCAGGACUGCGACGGCACACGGGCCGGGGAUUCGUCCCGUUUUGGUCCGAACGGGUCAAGCCUUACCGGGGGUCGGUGAGAGCGGCGGAGCUGCGGGGCGACAGGGGGAGAGAGAGGCUGCCGGGAUGCUGGGGGCAAACGGGCCAGGCGGUUCUAGAGGGGCGAGACCGGGGAACGGGGCCGGGUUGAACCCCCUGCAGACUGCCGUCCAAGGAGGCAUUGUGGGGUUAAACCCCGGGGUGGUGAUGCCCCAUGGAGCCCGCUUCGACCCGGACCGGGAUAGUGCUCCUCUGUGCAGCGGCUCGGAUAACGAUUCGGACUCUGGAGACGAGGAUGACCCGGUGGGUUCACUCGGGGAUAGCAGGAGAGGGGUGAAGCGGGAGAGGGGGGAGAUGGAAGGGGCGGCGGCGGGACAGGAGCUGGGAGUACCCCCCGGAGGGUACGGCAUGGUGACCGGAGGAGUUGCCGGCGCAAAGCCGGGGAAGAAGACACGUGGGCGGGUAAAAAUAAAGAUGGAAUUUAUCGAUAACAAGUUGAGACGCUAUACCACGUUCAGCAAGAGGAAGACGGGCAUUAUGAAAAAGGCCUAUGAACUGUCAACGCUGACGGGAACCCAGGUUCUGCUCCUGGUUGCCAGCGAAACGGGUCAUGUCUAUACUUUCGCCACCCGGAAACUUCAGCCUAUGAUCACAAGCGAAACGGGCAAAGCCCUGAUCCAGACUUGCCUUAACUCGCCAGACUCUCCGCCGCGCUCCGACCCCUCCAUGGACCAGCGCAUGAGCGCCACGGGCUUCGAGGAGACGGACCUCACCUACCAGGUGUCGGAGUCAGAGAGCAUGGGCGACACCAAGGACACACUGAAGCCAACAUUCACUGUAGCCAAUCUACCAGGCACAACGAGCAGCGCCCAGUCCACGGUACCCACCACCUCCACCACCAUGCAGGUGAGCACUGGGGCGUCGUUUCCCAUCACCAACUACCUGGCGCCCGUCUCGACCAGCAGCAACAUCAGCGCUAAUGGAACCGUCCUCAAGACGGCCGGCGCCUCAACGGGAGUCAUGCAGCUUCCCAGUGGCUUCACCUUCAUGUCCGCAGGCACUCCUCUCCCCCCCAGCACCCCUACCAUUCCUCUGAGCCAGCUGCAGCAGCACUUUCUGGCCCUCCAGGGGCAGCAUGGUCAGACCCUGGCCACCGCCCCGCAGCCACAGCAGGGACAGCAGGCUGUCCUCCGCUUCCCUGCUGCUGUCUCCCUCACAGGUGCAGGCGUUCCUCAGCAGCUCCAGGCCAUCCAGGUCCAUCCCAACUCACAGCCCACCUCCAACAGCGACAGCAGCCCUGAGAUCUCUCACACCUCCACCAACUCCACCGCAACGGUGAGUCUCCCAGCAACCAUCGUCACUUCGUCAGUGCCAACGUCUGUGCCAGGCCACAUGAUGUACCCCAGCCCUCACACGGUGAUGUACGCCUCCACUCCGGCGCUGGCCGACGGGGGGCUGGCCGUGCUCAACGCCUUCUCCCAGGGGACCCCGGCCAUGCAGGUGUCCCACGCGCACAGCCAAGACACAGGUGCCGUCCCUCAGGUGUUCCUCACAGCACCUCCCGGCACGGUGCAGAUCCCGGUCUCAGCAGUGCAGCUACACCCAGUACGGCAAGAUCUGCAUUUCACAAAUGGUGAUUGGCCAGCAGUCGAGCGGCAGCAACAGCAGUAACCUGACGGAGCUCCAGGUGGUCAAUCUGGACACGACACAGAGCACAAAGGGCGACUGAUGGACGGCUGCAGCUGUUUAAUAUGGCAGACACACACACACACACACACACACACACACACACACACAUCUAUUUAUUGAUGCCUUCCUUUGAAAUUUACCAUCACUCUUCUGAAUGUGAUUUAUCAGUACAUAUCUAUAAACACAAUGAAGGGCAUAUGUGUGGCAGGCCCUUAAACAAUAUGAAGUAUGUUUUUGGUAUAUAAAUAUAUAUAUAUUUGCAAAUACAUAGGAGAUAUAUCACUAUAUUAUAAUUGGAGCCUAUUUUCUAUGCUGUUAGAUGGUGUUAUUUUUAGCGUGAGCUUUGUUUCCUUUUGACAAAAUGUAAUUACACACAUGGACUACAAGGUGCCACCAGCUUCACACCAGCCAAAGAGACAUUUGUUUGUCUGAAUGUUCCUGUGUGAGCCAUCCGUGCACAAGCAUGUGCCUGUGUGUGUGUGUGCAUACACACAUCUGGGCUUUUGUAAAACGGGGGUGGGAGAAAGAGGACAGAAACUUGCUUUCUGGCUUAAAAAAAAACAACAAAAACAAUACAUUUGGAAAUGUAAAUAGUUUUUCAAACAAAUGAACAGUUGUAUUUUUAGCUCGGUUCAGUUUGUGCAACAGCAUGUAACGUUUUUUUUUUUUUUUUUUACAUAGUGGGUUUUGUAUGUAGAAUUUGAGUUGUGUAAAUUAAUGCAUCAUCGUUCACUACAAGAUGGAGAAAGAAAGCUGUUAUCUACAACUUUCUGUGUUUUUGUUUAUGCUGGUUUUUUGUUUGUUUUGAAGGAAUUUCCAGAUCAUGUAAUGUUGUCAGUGAAAGUAGAACACUUUUAUAAUUUACUGCUGUUGUAUUCUUUACUUUGGUAGAGAAGAUUUCAGUACUGUACCCUUAUUAGGCAUGACAAUCUCAUUGAAAUAUUUCCUAUCAAAAUUUUUGUUCAAUGUUCAUGAACUGACUUAUAUCCUUGGUAAAAUGAGUAAAAAGCCUUAAAAUAAUUUGAAAAAUACAUGUUUACCUUAAGUUUUAGACCAUAAUUAUGCAGAAAAACCCAAUAAUCACCCAAUUUGAGUUUUAUAGUAGCUCCGACAAGAUUAUAAUUAAAAUGUUGAGUUUUUGAAACAUUGCCUGAUAUUAUCAUGGCGAGAAAUUGGCUAUUUGGUUAAACCAGAUAAAACCUUGCUUGUAUCAUUUUUAAUUAACAUUUUUUCAUUAUUAGAAAUAUUUCCCUCCUAACUACUUAAUGAGUUUGUUUACAUUUUUCACGCUGCAAUGAAAUGCAUGUUUCUUUUAAGGCUUUCUACUGAUCUUUACCAGGGAUGCUGUAUAAAUACAACUAAUUCAAACCAAGUAGAUCCAUUUCCAGAUGCUACUCUAGUUGCCUUGAUAAAGUUUAAAGUUGGCAGAAAAGAGAACGGUUUUCUGCGUGAGAACAAGGAUGUGAUUGUUAGGGAUUGAGUCCUGAGGUGCUUCAAAAUGUUACGAUUACUGAGUCUGAGUUGCAAGACCAGACUUGCGUCCUCUUUUCGCACCGUAGUGCCUAUGAUCCAAAGGCAGAUUUUGAAAGUAAUGUAAUGCAAGGCUGUAGGAUAUUUCUCUCACACGGCUUUUGGACCUGCCGCCCUGUUUUUUGCUUCACCCUGCGAGGGGGAUUGCUUAUUGUUGACUCGUUUCUCCAGAACUGGCGGGAUGACAGAACAUGUCGAAGAAAACCCGACUGUCGACCAUGAUGCUAUCCUGCUGUCUGUUAGCGACAAGUUGCAGACAUUCACUUCUAUACUCUGGUACUCAUUAGGAAAUGUUUAUUUUUCUUUUGUGUUUAAAAAAAAAAAAAGAUUGAACAGAGUUUGUGUUUUUCACCUCGUCGUUGAAAGAAAUGAUUGUGUAUUUUUGUUGUAUUGUACAGACAUUUUGUAAUAAAAACAAGAUGAAACGCAAACUGUUGGAAAAAUGA